AUGGCGCAACUCCAAGAUCCUGACCAGGACCAGGACCAAGACUCGCUGACCCCGGCUCCUGAGUCUCAGCCGGCGGCCCAGCCUCAGCAAGCGCAGCCGCAGGCGCAGAAAGGUCGCAUACGUGCCAAGAAAGCGUGCAUAGAAUGCCGCAGACGCAAGCGCAAGUGUGACGGCGUCUUCCCUUGCUCCAUGUGCACCCACUAUCAAUACAACUGCGGAUUUGACGGCGAAAUCGUCACCAGUGGCCUGCAGCAGAAGAGACCCCAUGAUGCGCUCCUCGAGCCUGGUGAGGGUUCCCAAAACGCCUCGGAGACGCCCGAGGAGACCGGCCGCCCAUCCCCCCUCGUCCGCGGCAUCAUUGAGCCGGCCAAGCGGCGUUAUAUGAACCAGAACUCAGCAGUGGCCUUUCCAAACCAACUCGGCGUCGAGCUUGAGUCGGCUCAUCCCCCACGACUUCAUUCAUUUGCCUGGAACUGCGGCAUUCGUCCGGAGGAGCCUGGCUCGAUUCAUGCCCCCCUGACGGACUACGUUACCUGGGAGGAGUGCAGACACUACACGGACAUCUACUUCGCGACGGUGGGUGUGCCCUUUCACCUGUUCGACAAGGACGAGUUUCUGCAGCAAUGCGACACCUACUUCAACAGGCGCAAUCAGGAUCUGAUUCUCGGUGCCUUGAUCGGAGCCGUUGUGUCUCUUGGCUCUCUUUUUGCCUUUCGUGACGGCCAUCAUCUGGAGCCCCAGAUCGUCAAGCAUGUCAAGGACGUCCUGGAAGACUCGACUUUUAGUCGUCGCCCCUCCAUUGACCAGGUCAACGCGUGGAUCUUGCGGACUCUCUAUCUCCGCUCGACAACCCGACCUCAUCUCACCUGGCUUGCAUCCUGCACCGUCAUGCACCUGGUAGAGGCUGUUGGUCUUCACCGGGACCUUGAGUCCGACCUUGUCACCCAAAGCGGCGAGACGCGGGCCCGGGAGGACGAAGGGAGCAAGAGGACCUUUUGGCUUGCUUGGUGCAUCAAUACCAUUAUCGCGUACGAGUACGGCCGUACAAAGAUUCAUUUUGAUGGCGAAGACUCUAGGCCAACCCCCUUCAACGACACGAGCGAGACUGGCCUCCAGAUACGCAUGGCCAGAAUCUUGCCUAGUGAGAACGCCAACGCCGACGCCAUGGCUGUCAGCAAGUCACUUGAGGGUGCCAUUCAGAAGCUUGUUGACUUGGGAGACGUCAGGGGCUUUCCCGCUCUUACCCGAGGAGAUCUCUGCUUCUGCCUCUACCGUCGCCUGCGCCUCCUCAAAAUCAGCAUCAGCAAAGACACCUUGUCCCACAUUCUCCAGAUAGGACAACACGCUGUCGAUGCAGCCUACGAUCUGGCACAGCGAGGCGUCCCGUGGUGGAAUGUCUUGGGCACCACUUUCCAGUUCUUCUGCGUUCUGCUCGCCAUCGACAACCGUGACAGCCUCACCCAGGUCUCGUGGGUCCUCUCCAGACUUGACGGCAUCGUGCAGAUACUCAACACACACAUGGCCUUUGAAGCAUUCGAGACGGCCAAGACGCUGAUGAGAGACUUGCUCGUCAAGAAGAGGCAAGAGGUUGCCUUGCUAGAGAUGUCGGAAGGUAGUGACAUACCGUUCUCUAACAGGGAGCUCACGCCUGACUGGGACAUGAUGUUGAAUCCGUUUUACACGACUGGGGGCUUCAACUUUAAGGAUUUCGGAGUCUGA